UUUCAGUUUGCGUACACUGUGUAGAGCUUUGAAACAGGCCUCCUUCAACCAGCAAGGGAGCAUCUCCAGAUCUCUUUAUGAGAGCUUCUGCCUAAGUUUCCUUACUCAGCUCGAUAGGAGCUCCCACCCUGUUGUGGAAAACCUGAUUUGUCAGCACAUAGUGGGCAAAUCCAAAAUAAAGUCCAUGUUGAAACAUGCCCUGCCUCAACCAUUGGAGGGCAAGUAUCUACAGUUUGAAGGCUAUUGGCUGAGCAGUGGGCACAAGGACCCUGUAGCACCUGAUGGUUAUGUGUUGACACCAUCUGUCCGUGCUAACCUCAGAGACUUGGCAAGAGUUGUAUCAGCUGG